CGCGCGGUGGCGACGCACUUUUUCUCGCUCCUCUCCCCUCUAAUACACGACCGCUUCGUUCCCUUCCCCUCUCCUCCCUCUCCGAAUAUCUCCGUAUACACACACACACCCCGCGAACGCCGCCAUUUUCGAUCGCCCCCUCCCUCGUACUCUCGAAUCGGAGCGAUAUAGGGUUGAGAGAUCGAAGACGAGACGCGUCGGCGCCGAUUUCGGAGUUGAAUGAGGUUGAUAUCGAGUUCUCAUUCGCCGAAUCUUUGUCAAGCUCCAAUCAGUCUAUUGUUUUCUCUUCAACAACGCUUUGUUUGCUCUUAACAUGAGAUCUAAGACAAAUGGGGCUAUACAAAGAACUGGGAAGCUGAACAAUAUUCAAGGGCACGGACCAAAUUGGGUUCUUGUUGCAGGAGGUGCACUUCUGAGCAUGCUUACUAUCAGGCUCGGGUGCAAGCUGAAGCAGGCCUUUGAGAGAAAGCGGCAAGAUAAUACCAUUAAAGGAAAUGGAAAAAGCCCAUCUACAAGAAGAUCAAGAAAAUGCAGACUGCAUUCAAAUCUCAAUCGCUUUAACCUCGAAGAGGACAGCUGCUACUAUUGUCUUUCCGAUAUUAAGCAAAUUGGAGAAGUUUGUCUGAAGUGUUUGGAUCAGCUGGGCGCUACUUAUUUUCCUCUAAGCUUUGUAGAGCUUGCAGGAGGCGGAGUGGAUACUAGGGCAAUAUCAAAAGAAGCCGAUCCCUCCCUUCCACUCGUAAAGUUCACGGGAUCAGAAUCGAACAACGAGAACGGCGGCGUGAUGUGGGCAUCAUCGCCCCAUGCCUCAGAAUCUGGAUCAUCCGAUAUUUAUGCCAAAAGAGAAGUAAUACAUAAACUAAGACAACAGCUAAAGAGGCGCGACGAGAUGAUUAUGGAAAUGCAAGCCCAAAUCACGGACCUCCAAACUUCUCUCCGCAUUCAGGUUUCAGAAUCGGCCAAUCUGCAGGCACAACUCGAUUCUGCUAACCGGGACUUGUUCGAUUCCGAGAGGGAGAUCCAACAGUUGAGGAAAGUCAUCGCCGACCAUCGUGUGGCUGUAAAUGGGCGGGUAAACGGAUUUUACACCGAUAGUGUGGAUGAUCAUGCCGAAUUGCGGUGCGUCGCUGCGGAGAGGAGGAAAGGGGAUGGGGCCAACACAGAGAUCCUGAGGAAAGAAGUUGGAGAGCUCAAGGAAGUGAUUGAAGGGAAAGAUUUCUUGCUUCAGAGCUACAAGGAGCAGAAGGUGGAGCUGUGGUCAAAGAUGAAAGAGCUGCAGUUGAGACUCGAAUCACAAGUACCGAACAUAUUGUAGGUAAACAUGUAUGGAGACACCCCCCUCAGCUAUUGGUCAUUCUGAAAAAGAUAACUUAACCUUCUUCGUUAAUCGACACUCCCUCUACUUCUGCUCGUUUGGACUCGAGUUAUUUCUGUCGGUUGAAUCGGGGAUUCCGGGAAUUGUAACGCCAGUUCUGUUGAAUUCAAUGGCUAUGCCCGCGUCGUGGUUUUUAGCUUUAAUGAGGUAGCUAAUUUUAAUGGAGUCCCCAAUUCAGCCGACUUAAACUAAUCAAAUCAAAACAAAUAGAAGCUAAUGCGGCGCAGAUGAAAAAUAUAACAAUGAUAAAAUGCUGUAUUGUUACUGGGGUCUUCAUACAUUUUUGCCCGUACUUUUGUUGGGUUUCAGGAGAGUUAGAUCACAAAUUUUUUUUUCUUUUUUUUGGUAUUUUUACUGGCUUUCCUCGUCAGGUGUUGUUGUUAAUUCUUCAUCUUGCUCCACUUUGCGGUGUAUUUCAAUACUUGUAUAGUUUUCCGGCUUGCCGUUUGUCUAGUUUGUCCUGGUUUAUACGUAAAUGGCUUGCAAUUGCUUUUUUCUUU